CGCGGAGGUGGUACCUAUAUUCGGAAGGACCAUGGGAAUAGUUGAGGUUGACGGUGUGAGAUGUGACGGACAGGUCAUGCGUGAGGCUGAGCGGUCACGUUGGGGCUCGCGUCCUCAUGUCAGCCUGCUGCCAUCGCGCCUACAGCACACAAAUUUAGUCCCUCGCUCAUGCUGCCGUUACACGCAUGUCGAAGAGCAACAAGAAGUAGCAGCCCAUACCGUCUUGUCUAUCCCAACCUUCUGUCUGGCGUCCGAUUUAUCCCGCCAUCAGCAUCUUCCGCCAGCAGAGCAACAUGGCAGAAACCGCUGGGCUUGUUGUUGGCGUCGUUGCCCUUGUUGCCCUUUUCAACAACACCGUCGAAUGCUUCGAGUUGGUCCUGCUCGGUCGCUCGUUCGGAAAAGACUUCCAGACCAGUCAGCUGAAACUCGACAACGCAAGACUCCGCUUGUCACGGUGGGGCAAGUCACUAGGUCUUGAUGAGGAUAUUCAGGAUGCGAUGUCGCUCCAAGAGCAUUUUGGAUCCGAGUCGACGGUCGAACACGCCGAAGCCUUGCUCGGGCAGAUAGUGGAACUGUUCGCAGAUGCUGAAGGCGUAUCAGACAAAUACAAGAGUCGUACAGAGCCUCAGCACGACGGCCUUACAGUAUUCAACCCUCAGACAGAUCUAGAUCCAGUAAUGGCAGAGCUUCACCACAAGAUGCGGCAGCUAGCGAUCGAGCGCCAGAACAGGUCUGGUUUGCGACAAAAGGCAAAGUGGGCCUUGUACCAAGAGAAACAGUUUCGACGACUGAUAGAGGAUAUCACGGAGCUGGUCGACAGCCUGGUCGAGCUCUUCCCAGCCUCCAAGCUGUCCCAGCGUGAGCUGUGUGACAUGGAAGUAUCCGCAAUUGGAGAAGGCCAGGGUAUCUCUGUGUUGAGAGAGAUAGCCACCGCUCAGGACAGACUGCUGGAGCAGGCUAUCACAAAGGCCGCAGAUAGUACAGGAAAGUCCCACCACAUUGUCUUCUCUGGUAGUGGCAACACUGGUCUCCAGGUUGCACACAAUUCCGGUACCAUGUCUGGAUUUACUUUCGGACGGAGCAGCUGAAAUUGGUAGAAGCAGACACGAGAAUGGUGUCAAUAUAGAUUGAACUGUGCCUUGUUUGCCUCACAAGCCAUGGCAGCAAAUAAUUAGAACGAUACAUCAGAUCACUACCCUUACUGAUUUGAUGUAUACCAAUCGUUUCAUGUGCUUCUUUCCAUCCCAAUUUAGCUUAGAUGUUGCUAAAAUUUUGUUUGUCUCCGUCUUGUGCUUCCUCAACAAACGGCUAGAUGCAUAGACGCAACGUAGGCUUGAAUUCGUCGGCUGUAUGACAUCUCAUUACGCUGGCUCCUAUUCUAAAUAAUCUGGAUAUAUAUACAAGAACGGC